AUGAGACUUGUGGUGAAAUUAAGGAGGCCAUUGGGGGGGUCUGAAGUAGGCGGGCUGCGUUGCUCGGUGGCUGGUGGGCGGGUGGGGGGUGGGGGGGGCGGGUGGGGGGCGGGGGUGCGGUAUUGCGGGGGGGGGGGGGGGGUGGUCUUUGGGCGACGCUGGCGGGGUUUUGUUGUGCCGGUGGCUGGGGUGUGGGGGGUGGGGUUGCGGGCGGGGCUGGGGUGGGGGGGGUCUCUUUGGGUGGGGCGCGCUGGCGGCCGUGGGGGGGUUUCCCUGGGUGCGCUGGUGGCGUCCGGGUGUAGUUCUUGUUGGCGGGUGGCGGGUGGGCUGGGGGCGGGGUUGGUGUCGGGUGGUUUGUGGUUGUGGGUUUCGGGGGGGGGCGGUGCCCUUGGCGUCGGCGGGGGGCCCGGGUGGUGGGCGACCUGCGUGGGCUCUUUUCUCGGGGCUCGGGCGGCUGUGCGGGGGGUGUGGUGGCGGCGCGUUGGGGCGGCUGGGGCCGCCGUCGGGCCCGGGGGGUCUUUGGGGCCGGGCGGGGGGGGGGUGGGCCUUCUCUGUGGGGCCGGGGGGGGCCCGGCGCGGGGCCCCCCGGGCGGGGCCCUUGGGGGCGGCCGGGGGGGGGGUGGGGUGGUUGGUUAG